CUGUCCGCCGGCGUUCGGCCGCGUUGCGGCCUGGGGGUGGGUUCAGUCUCCCGGUGUCGCGAGGGCGGGUCCGGGCCACCUUCCCGCCUCCUGGCGCGCCACCUCCCUCCCUCCGGGCUGAGGGCGCCGCGGACCCCAAGGAGCGACCACCCCGGGAAGCUGCCCCGGGAGCGGAAGUGGAGAAUGGCCCCCUUGAGUGAGGAGAGCGAGUGAAGCGCAGGCUUUUCAGACGGUGGGGGUCCAGGUGGGCGUGGGCAAGGCGGCUGGGUGGAGGAGUUGGCGGAAGCACUUAAAACUCCUUUGUAAGUGUUAACUGGAGAUUUUAAUUUGAUUUGAGAAUGAGUAAGUGCAGAAAGCCACCAGUUCAGCAGCUAGCAAGUCCUGAGACAUUCAGCCCAGAUGUUCUUGCUGACAUUUUUGAACUCUUUGCCAAGAACUUUUCUUAUGGCAAGCCACUUAAUAAUGAGUGGCAUUUACCAGAUCCCAGUGAGAUUUUCACUUGUGACCACAAAGAAUUUAAUGCACUUCUUGAUUUGAAGAAUUCUCUAAAUGAAGUGAAAAACCUACUGAGUGAUAAGAAGCUGGAUGAGUGGCAUGAGCACACUGCUUUUACUAAUAAAGCAGGAAAAAUCAUUUCUCAUGUUAAAAAAUCUGUAAAUGCUGAACUUUGUACUCAAGCAUGGUGUAAAUUUCAGGAGAUUUUGUGCAGCUUUCCACUUAUCCCACAGGAAGCUUUUCAGGAUGGAAAACUGAAUUCUCUCCACCUUUGUGAAGCUCCUGGAGCUUUUAUAGCUAGUCUCAACCACUAUUUAAAAUCUCAUCGACUCCCUUGUGAUUGGAGUUGGGUAGCUAAUACUCUGAAUCCGUAUCAUGAAGCAAAUGACAAUCUUAUGAUGGUUAUGGAUGACCGGCUUAUUGCAAAUACCUUGCAUUGGUGGUAUUUUGGUCCAGAUAACACUGGUGAUAUCAUGACCCUGAAAUACCUGACUGGACUUCAGAAUUUCAUAAGCAGCAUGGCGACCAUUCACUUGAUCACUGCAGAUGGAAGUUUUGAUUGCCAAGGAAACCCAGGUGAACAAGAAACUUUAGUCUCUUCUUUACAGUACUGUGAAGUUGUCUCUGCUCUGACCACUCUUGGAAAUGGUGGCUCUUUUGUUCUGAAGAUGUUUACUUUGUUUGAACAUUGUUCCAUAAACUUGAUGUACCUACUAAACUGUUCCUUUGACCAGGUCCAUGUUUUCAAACCUGCUACUAGCAAAGCAGGAAACUCAGAAGUCUAUGUGAUAUGUCUCCACUAUAAGGGAAAAGAGGCCAUUCAUCCUCUGUUAUCUAAGAUGGUACUGAAUUUUGGGCCUGAAAUGACAAGGAAAGCUCUAUUUCCCCACCAUGUGAUUCCCGAAUCUUUUCUCAAAAGACAUGAAGAGUGUUGUGUGUUCUUUCAUAAAUUUCAGCUGGAGACUAUUUCUGAGAACAUUCGUCUAUUUGAGUGCAUGGGGGAAGGGGAACAAGCAAAGCUGAAUAAUCUAAGGGAUUGUGCUGUACAGUAUUUUAUGCAAAAAUUUCAACUGAAACCUCUUUCCAGAAGUAAUUGGCUAGUAAAAAAGUCUAAUAUUGGUUGUAGUACAAAUACAAAAUGGUUUGGGCAGAGAAAUAGGUAUUUUAAAACCUAUAAUGAAAGGAAGAUGCUGGAAACCCUUUCAUGGAAAGAUAAAGUAGCCAAAGGAUACUUUAAUAGUUGGGCUGAAGAACAUGCUGUAUAUCAUCCUAGGCAAAGCUCUCUUUUAGAAAGGACAGCUUCGGAUCUUGAAUAUUACUUGUGGCAUAUUUUACAGGGAAAGAGACUGCCAAAGGUAAAGUGUUCUCCUUUCUGCGAUGGUGAAAUUUUAAAGACACUUAAUGAAGCAAUUGAGAAGUCAUCAGGAGGAGCUUUGAAUUCAGAUUCCAAGUUAAGGUCAAAACAGCAGGAUUAUUGUUCUUGUCAUGUUUUUUCUGAAGAAUUGAUAUUUUCUGAGUUGGUUAGCCUUACCGAGUGCCUUCAGGAUGAGCAGGUUGUAGAACCCAGCACCCAAAUUAAGUGCCUGCUUGUUGGUUUCCCGGCUCUCCAUGAUGUCAAAGUGCAUAUACCGUUGGAAGUUCGACUCCUGGAAUCGACUGACUUAAUGUCUUUUAGCUGUUCAUUGCUUCAUGAUGGAGACCCAACCUACCAGCAUUUAUUUUUGGACUGCCUUCUACAUUCAUUGCAGCAGCUUCAUACAGGGGAUGUUAUGAUUUUGCCUGUACUUUCUUGUUUCACAAGAUUUAUGGCUGGCUUGAUCUUUGUACUCCACAGUUGUUUUAGAUUCAUCACAUUUUCUUGUCCCACAUCCUCUGAGCCCCUGAAUACCUGUGCAGUCCUGCUGUGUGUUGGUUAUCAGGACCUUCCAAAUCCAGUUUUCCAGUAUCUGCAGAAUGUGAAUGAAUUGUUGAGUAGUUUUCUCAACUCUGAUGCACCCCAACAGGUCUUACAAUUUGUGCCAAUGGAGAUGCUCCUUAAGGGAGCACUACUUGAUUUUUUGUGGGAUUUGAAUGCUGCCAUUGCUAAAAGGCAUUUGCAUUUGAUAAUUCAAGGAGAGAAAGAAGAAAUCAUCAGCAGUCUUCAGUUAUGAAACUGAACAUGUUCUUUUUGAGAUUCAACUUAAUGUUUUUUGCAUUCUGUACUCUCUUAAUUUAAAACCUUUUAUUUUGGGAAAAGGUCAAUGUUUGCAUCAUCUAAGUGAUGCUCACAAAUUCUGAAAAACUAUCCACUAGUUCUGAUCUCUAGGGUACACCCAUAGGCAAAGAGUUCUUCCAUAUGGUACAAUCUAGGCAGUGAUGGUAUUCAACCUCUAAUCAUCUAAUAUAGAUGUGAGUAGGUACUUGGGGUGGACACACCUUUGCUUGCAGUGCAGUUUAGUUGGUCUUAUUUAUCUGGUUAAGAUUUGCACCUGUGUGCCUUCCUUCAGAUAUGUCUUUUUCAGCUAAUUUCCUCUUAGCUUAUGCUGUUGAUGAAUUUUCCAACUAAUUUCAUCUCAGUGGUUAAUGCUGUUAAUGAAUAGAUAGAGGUUAUUGAUGAAAAGAGGUGAGUUACUGCUCAGCAACACUGAUUUCCUUUGACACUUAACAUUAUGAAUUUCAGGAAAUUUGUCUUGCCAGAUUCUUGAUCUGUGCCGUUCAUUGCCCUUAAGUGACCCAGUUUUCUUUUAUGACUCAAACUAAACUGGUGUGCAGUUGUAUGAAUAUUUUACUAACCACAACAUCUAACUAAAAAAGAUAACAGCUUUAAGCCAAAGAUCAUGUUUAAAACAAUGAAGAAUUAUUUGUUGUGUUUAAUAUACAUAUACCACGAAUACAGUGUAUCAUGAAAAACUUCAUUUAGCAAUGGUAUAGUGAUUUUUAACCUCUAGGAAUAAUCUGUGAAUGAAAAGAUUUUUUAAAAAUUUAAGAUAGUGUUUAUAGUCUCAUAUUGAGGACCUGUGAAUGUGAUGAAAAUAGUGAAUACUAAAGAAAAUUCUUAACACUUUUAGAAUGAUGGUUCAAUAUUUUUAAAUGAUCAAUCUUUACUAAUUCCUUUUUUAGUAUGAAAAUAGCAUUUGACAAAAGAUUAACUAUGAGGUGGUUAUUUUACCAGUUGCAUUUGAUUUCUUUUGUAUAUAUUUGAUAAUGUAAUAAAUUUUUUUGGCAAACUGUAUUAAGCAAUUCUUUAUUACCUUGAAGUUCCACAAAGUGGGGAAUAUUUGUAUUCUCACAUGUACAUUUUAGGCAUUUUUGUUAGUUAUACAAAAAAGAGAUAUAUUCUCUGUUGUAUUUGGUUGAUAAAUAUUGAUCUGAAAAUUUUUCGUGUUCUUUGCUAUUUUGAGUUCCAUUACAGAUUCAUGAAUAAAGUCAUUAGCAGAGAGA